AUGGAAGGCUCCGUCUCGGAUGUUGAGGAAGUGAAACUACUGAAGGAUGUCAAGGGGAAGAUGGAAGAUGCUGUGGUGGAGGCACCAGACUGGCUCCCAGAUGGUUGGAUCAUGGAGGUCCAAUGUGGCGACAAUGGUACUCUAUAUAAGUAUUUCAUUUCUCCAGUGUCAGGGGCCAAAUUCAGGAUGAAGCCUGAGGUCCUGAACUACCUUUUCUCCGAGAUGGAUGAGCACUACUUAGAAGCCAAAGAUAGUGUUGAUCAUAAGAUGCUUCCUAAGUCACAUGAAUGGCUUCCAAAAGGGUGGUUGCUUGAGAUCAGAGCGGGCGGAGAAAAUAUGGACAAGAUGUACAAGUUUUAUGUGUACCCGGCACUGGGAAUACGAGCAUUUUCUAAAGAAGACGUUCUACUGUAUGUUAACGAAAUGAAGAUCCCGGAAUGUGAUACAAAUGGGAAAUGCGACACAAGCUCUCGGGAUAAUAUCCUUGCAGAAGUGGAGUUCAACCCAUCUGGGCUACCAGAUGGAUGGGUGAAAGAAAUGGUGUACCGAAAAACAUUGAAAGGAACAAGGAAAGACCCGUACUACACAGACCCUGUUAGCAGUUAUGCAUUCAGGACAUUGACGUCCGCAGUUCGCUUCCUUCAAACAGGAAACAUUACAAAACGUUCGUUUAUUCAAAGGACAAGUGUACAUGAAUUGUACAAUUUUGAGAAGUCUGCUGAUCUGUGGUAUAGCUAUUAA